UUUUAGCUGUCCUGCUGCUGUUGCUGCUGGGAAGUGAACUCAAAAUGGAAAUGACGUGGUCGACAGUUUGUGUUCUAUUACUUCUUUUUGUCUCAGCAACUCGCACAGAAUCGUCGAAUAGACAACUGAAUACGGAAAACAUCCUAAUCAAUGUGACAGCGGGGACACUGGCAGACACACAGCUGCAAGACUCUAACAACUUACAGAUAAAUUUAAACAUAUCAGUGAGUGAAGAGCAGGUGCUGGUCAAUGACGUCCCAGUGGAGCUGUCGGGGGUCACUAGGUUCAACUGCCAAGCGCUUCUCUUGGACAGUGUCAAUGGGAGCAGUGAGUUUGAGUCUGGGGACAUAGUGUCCACUGUUACCCGGGUGAUGGUGAGCCAGAACAGGCUAUACAGUGACUCAGAGGAGGUGGUGGCUCUUCAGGUCUUCAGUGAAGUGAUAGAGAUGGAUGGCAAAGAGGUCCAGCAGCCUGACAUGUGUGAGGUGAAAAUACUGAUGAGCCCAGACUUCCAGAAGCUGGCCCAGUUUACCAACAUCUACCCCAUUGGACACAGUGAUAUCUUUAGGGUUCCCAGAGAAAAUGAUGUGGUUGUCACAGAUCCACCAAAUUCUAGAAAAGAUGAAGAGCAGCUGAUCUCUCAGACCACAAGCCAGUAUCCUCUGAAGCACACAGAGACCACCCGGGAAGAGAUUGCAUCCCCUGGAAAACUCCCAGAGACCCCCCUGCGUAUGGAUCCUGACCUCCUGUAUGAUGUCAGAUAUGAUGAUGAACUUGAUUACACUUACCCAAGCCAGCCUGAUCAGAAUCAAAUGGAAACUCCACCCAAGGAACUUAUUUCUUCUUACUCUGCCAUGUGUCAGUGGGUAGAGCAAGCCAGGGAGCGUCUGCGGCGCUUCUGUUCCGAAUCCCUGCCUCUCUUCUUCCUGGUCAUGUGGGUGGUCGUGAUCGGCGUGGUCGGAUCAGCCGUCAUCGUCAAGAUCUUAGAUGUGUUUUUCCCAAUUUGUGAACAUAAGCGCAUUUUUAAUGUAAACUCUGUCCCUGUGAUGCCAGAGGAUGAGAAGCACAAUCUCCUGGAGAACAUAGAAGUAGAAGCAGAGGAAGAAGAGAAGAAGCCUUGAAUGAGGAUCAUCUUGACCGGCUCCUCCAGUUUGUUCCUAUUUGUUGUUUAACCUGCGGUUUCGCAUGGCCCGGUUUUGUUCUGAUCUGUGAAUCACCACAGCUUUUCCUGUCACUUUACUCUUUCAUGGUCUUCGUGAAUCUUUUCAUCAGCCAACAUAAGCUCAUUUAAUGUUAGCUUAUACGAGUCCCUCAGAAUGGAGAGUAAAGUGAGAGAUUUAUGGUGCUGAAUGUCAUGAUGCAAUGAGAUUAAAGUAUGGAAGGCUUACGGUUACCUUACCAGCAUCUGCUUUCAGCACAUCAUGCAGAGAAUCUGCAACAGUGACCACUUUGGCUUUACCCACACCCAAAACAUGUUUAGCUGUAAUGCAGUUAACAAAAACAAUGUCCAAGAUUCAAGGGAUUAUCAGAUGAGCUGAAGCUCUGUUUUUUGAGAAACACUUCGUUUUUGUUGUUUUUUUUUAAGUCAUUUUAAUUGAAGGUCAAAGGAAAAGACUGAUACUGCUCUCCAGCUGCUGGUCUUGUUUAGAUUUCUUUAAAGACUGAAAACGAGGGCAAAUGAGCUUUCAUGCUGCCAAAAUCUUUCUACAAGCAACCCUUCCUAACUGGCACCCAUGUUGGCAGUGCUUUAGGAAGGUGUUUUGAAGCUCCCAUCUAAAUGAAUGGUAAGACCCUCUCAAUAUUAUUUAUAAUGUCCAUCAGGACAAAAACUGGAAAAGGCCUUUUUGGUAAUAACAUGACAUAACAGCUCUUAUAUAAACUCAAACCAUUCAAAGUUUACUCUCUUUCCUUUGCUUCGGUAAAACUAACUGUUAGCUGCAAGGCUAACGUGAUCAACCCAGUUUCCUGAUGGCAGAGCUGUGCAGACACAGUGUAUAGGGCAUAAAUACAAAUGAUUAUAUUAACAUAAGUCAUUGAAAUUUCACCACCAGGGAGCAGUGUUUUAUCAGUGGGUGUUUAGAAAUGUUUUUGAAUGUAAGCUUCUUUACUUCUAUUUGGUAAUUCUAUUUCUGCCAUAUCCCUGAUUCCGCAAGUAGCUUUGCUUUUCCCGGUAUGAUAUUGUUGAUAAGAACGUGCUCCUAAUGACUUGCCUGGUUGGCUCACUGCACUAUCUUGUGGUACAAAUUGGUAUUACACAAAAGUAUAACCUUUAGCCUUUGUAUCAGAUCUGCUCCAAAGCUCAAGACCAAAGCAGUUUGAUAUGGUCUACAUCCUCAGAAGUGUUACUAAAUGGACCAUUUAUCCUGUUUAGUUCAGCUAGAUGCUGUGGGGUUAACCUAUAAAUAUGGACAAACUGAGAAUUUUAGAACCAGAUCCAAACACUUCAGAGUUCCCUUAAACAAAACUUUGUGUAUGUAGCAGUUCUUUACAGGUCACACAUUUGUUUGCUGUAUGUGUGUGCGUGCAUAUAUAUAUAUAUAUAUAUAUAUAUAUAUAUGAGGGUGUUGUUGUUUUUUUUUCUCCAAAAUCAUUCACCUACAGCUGAAAAAAAUGAAGACAGCUCUAAACGCAUUAAAUGUAUUUAAAAGUAAACAGAGGCAAAGACACUUGCUUAAAUCUGUUGAAAUGUCUAAAAAGACAAAGCUAAGCAGAUUACUGCGUCAGAGUUUCUGUUCUGUCUCUACUACAAAACUUCUUCCUUUGACUCGACAUUACUGACGUUCAUCUGUUAAUUGUCUUUUUUUUUUUUCACUGUGCCUCAGUUUUUGUUUUUUAUAAGGAUUCUAUCAUGAGAAGGAUUACUAUGUGGUCUACUUUAAUCAGUAUUGUUUGUGGCUUCCUGUUACUAAUAUUGUAGAAUGUCCGUGAAGCUGUUCAGAAUGUCUAUGCACCUUCUCUAUAUAUAAACUACGAGCGGACUGAUACAGUCCAAGACUGAAACACAAUUCUUGUUCAAAGAACGAAUCUGCAUGUCCUCACUAUCACUUCAGUGGCCUGUGCUACAAAGUAGCUGUUCUUUUCUGAACUUGGGCUAAGCAACGCCACAAUCUGGCUAAGCAGUCACACAAAGGUGGUUAUCAACUGCAGAAGUUACCCCCAGUUUCCCAUCUAUCCAUGUGUGCGUUCACAUAACAGAGGAAGUGCUGAUCUCAAACAUUACCUGCUCCAGAGCAGGUUAAAUGUUCAGCAGGUUUAGUUGACCUUGCGAAGCUUUAAUCAUGCUUUGCAGUGCAGCCCUCUCUGAUGUUUGGCAGCUCUAGGUGUGAAGGAUCAAACGGCUCAACAGGCUGUCGGUGAAAAACCUGCGUUUUCAUUCAUCAUAAAUUCACAAACCACAUUUUCUCUUUUCGUUGGGUUUUUUUGUUUGUUUUUUUAUGUGCGAGGGUGUUAUUUUACUAUUGGUCAUGCUUCUUCAAAGACAUCCCAAAAGAUCAGCUUGUGAUGUCAUGAUUUUCUCUCCCUAGGGCUCAGUUAAACUGCAGUAUGCAUGAUAUACUGCGUACAACGAAAAGGUGCAUGCAUAGUGUAGCUAGUGAGUAGAGUUUGCUGCUCCAUCAACAAGUUUUCCAUUAAAAAUAGGAAAGUGCAUGAUGACUUAAAACAGUGUUGGAAUCUGCCUCAAGUUGUGCAACAGAAUGCUGUACGCAACACCUAGUUGGUUCAGAGUUAAACAACAAAUGUUUUAAUUUGGUCUUUGAUACAUCAGCGUGAUAUCUUUUUUUGGCAUCUGUGUGCAUACAUUGUAUGAAUUACAGCUGGACUGUGUAUUUGGGUCAGAAAUCAUGCUAAUUAAAAGCUUUCCUUACAACCA